GUGCAGGAACACACUAUUGGAAAAAACGGAAGAAGAAGAAGAAGACGAGGAGGAGGAAGAGGAAGUUCUUCAAAAAUUUCUCUGUCAGUUUAUCUUCCUCAGCUGAAGGAGUUAAGUUAGAAAACUGAAUUAAAGUCUUGUGGUCUUUAAUCCUAAAAUCUGCUCGAUGGGACCCGAAGAGAGGGAUUGGCUGGACAUGGCAAACAAUGUUUUGUUGAAAUGUCACAUUAACCUGAGGCUGGAAAGGAUCUCGGAGUGUGAUGCAAAUGUGUUUGUGGCUUUGUAUGAGGCAAUCAUAGGAGAGAAAGUACCAGAUUAUGUAGCUGCAGAGCGCCAGGAAGAUGACAUCCACAAUAUGCAAUCUGUAAUUGACUCGUUGGCCUUAGACUACCUUCAGAUUAGUUUAUCUCACAUCACAGGUGAGAAUAUAGUUAGAGGAGAAAAAGAAUCUGUCAGAAACUUGUUGGAGAUUUUUGAUGGUCUGCUGGACUACCUCAUAGAUCAGCAGAGUGACGAGGAGCCUCAACUUAAAGGGUUCAAUGGAAAGACCAAUGCAGCUUAUCAGUCUCAAAAUCAGGACACGGGCAAGAUGCAGUGUCAGCCCUUAACCAUUCAGCUCAGAGAUAGAGAUGGUUCUUUGUAUUUGGGUACCCAGAGAAAUAAGGAGGCAGAGCAAGAACUGCAUGAUAUGUCAGAGAAGCUAUCUCGCCGUUUGGAGGAACUUGAUCUGAUGUUGCAGCGUGCUCUGAGUGAAAUUGGGGAGAUGUGUGAGCCAGGAGAGGAAGAUAAACAGUCUCAUCAUAGCGACAGCAUCAUGGAGUGUUUCAAAGUUAUGUCAAGUUCACGCCAUUCCAGAGCUCAUGCACACUCGUUGCCCCCCUUUCCUUCACAUGUACAGCACACUAUACAGCAAGAUGCUCUGACCAGAGACUCAUACAAUGCCAGUCAUAACCAGCAGCACCAUAGAAACACACAGUUCAUGGAAUCAAUCCGUAAAGAUGAAUUGAAGCAAUUAGUGCAGCAGGAGCAAACAGAUAUCACCACUGAGAGACUCAAUGUUCAGAAAACGGAGCUUGAAUACCACCAGGAAGUGUGUCGAAAUGCUCCUUCUGUUCACAGUUCCUGCACCAAGUCACCUUGCUCUCGAUCCUCCGGAGCUAAGCUCCAACACACAGCCAGAAAAGAGAGACAUUCUGUGAAAUUGAAGGACAACAAUCUUCUUCCCAUUCUGCUGGAGGAGUUUCAACGGGUGCAGCUCUCUCCUCAUACUUUGUCCUGUAUGUGGAAACAGCAGCUCCAACAGAUUGACCAACUCAGCUCCUCCCAAAACCAGAACAGACAGAAAGAAUCCAAACUUUUAAAACAACUAGAAGAAGCUCAGAAAAGACAUGGCAUGCUGGUGCAGAUAAUCCACAAAGAAAAAGAACACAACCGUCGCCUGAGAGAGUUCAAGGAGAGGAUCCAACAGCAGAAGUCAGCUCAGAAUAAGCUUAGAGAACAGAGGCAACAGGUUGCUCGUGCUAAAAAAUAUUACAGCGUCUAUCAUGUUCAGCUGCGUGCCAGACUGAUGCAAGCAAAAACACAAGAAGAGCGAAAGCUCAAGCAGAUCUUUGAAGAAGGAUUGGAAUUACAGAAAGCUCGUCUGAGAGAGCAGCGGGCAUAUUCUAAAGAACUGCGUCAGGAGAAUUACCACAAAUUCAAAGAUGAGAUUGAGGCCAUGGAGAACUACUACAGAGACCAGUUUUCUUUAUUGGCUGAAACCUUAGCCCAUGAAAGACAGGACAUACACAUUUGUAAGAAAGCACAGGAAAAGGCUCUGCAGAAAAUGAAAAGAGAGUUAAGAAAUAAGAUGGAGAAAGAGAUUGGUGAGCUGCAGAAUGUCAUCAUUCACAAUGAGGAAAAUAAUUAUUUCAGAGACUUGGAUGUGGAACGCUUACAGAAGCGUGUACAAAUGGCAUCUUUCCAGUACACCACCAGCUGUCAGCAGUAAUCACUAGCCAAUUAAGCUGUGAUUGAUGUUGAUCUCCUAUGUCUUGCAUACGUUAUUCUUUAGGUAGAUUACCUUGAAAUUAAGUAGAUGAAAUGUAAUUUGUGAACCGCUUGAGAUGUACUUGCAUAGCUCUACAUUACUGUAAUAUUGUUUUUAUCGUAUUUAAUGUCAUUUUAUAUUAAAUAUUUGUAUCAAUAUUCAUAUUUAAUACUGUUUCUCAGAAGUUGAUGAUGUAUCAGGUUUAACCAGUUUAUGUUGGAAGGUUGUUGGACUGUAAGUUUGUUCUAUAGGACAGCAUGUGCAAUCACUUUUCCCUUUGAAGAACUUUUUAAUGAGACUUCCAUUUUCCUUGACCUUAUUUCUAAGAAGCCUUUAAUUGUUUCUUACCUUGAAUAUGCUUAUAAAGUUAACUAGUGUCAAUACAAACAAAUCAUGAUGUCAUGUCAAAUCAUGUAUUUUGGUUUUCACAUCAAACUAAACAUUUUUCAAUGUCAUAACACUUAAUGCCAUGACUAUAUAUUGAAUCUCUAAUUUUAUGAAUUAGGUGUUGUUAUAAACACAAUUCGGUAACACUUUGUUUUAAGGUGUCCUUGUUAUGUGUUACAUUUACUUACUAUUAUAAUAAUUAAUUAUGCAUAAUAACAUGAAAGUAACUAUAAGCCAAACCCUAAUCCUAACCCUAACCUUUUAAUAAGUAUAUGUAGUUGAUUAAAAUUACUCAGUACUUAAAUGCAAAGUUUUACUGUAACAAGGACACCUUAAAAUAAAGUGUAGCCCAAAAUUAAUUUACAUAUAAACAAUCAGUCUCUAAUGUAAGGGAAAAUAUUAGGCCAAAAUGGAAAUAUUUAUUUACAUUUAUUAAUUUAGCAGACGAUUUUAUCCAAAGCGACUUACAGAUGAAGACAGUGGAAGCAAUCAAAAA